UCGGAAUUGGAUGUGAUAAGCUGGGGGUGUCAAACUGGUGGCUCUCCAGCUGUUGUGAAACUACAAGUCCCAUCAUGCCUCUGCCUUUGGAAUUCAUACUUGUAUUGGUCAAUCUUGCAAUGCCUCAUGGGACUUGUAGUUUGGCAGCAGCUGGAGGACCUCCAGUUUGACACCCUUGUUGCCAAACUACAAGUCCCAUGAGGCAUUGCAAGAUUGACCGUUACCAGCAUGACUUCCAAAGGCAGAGGCAUGAUGGGACAUGUAGUUUCACAACAGCUGGAGGGCCACCAGUUUGACA